AUGAUUUUUUUCCAACAAAACUACAUCGCCCAUGCUACAUCCUGGUAUGAUUCCAAAACGCUUGAUGACAGCACAUUAUUGACCCGGAUUGUCGGGAAGCGUAUAAACCUGAUUGAUAUGGACAGGGAGCAUUUCAAGCUUGAAUUAGCCUAUCUGUCGCCCGCGACGGCCCGUCCAGACAGUGCCAGGAGAAACUUGAAAUCUUGCGCUUCCACAGGCGAAAUGAAACAUGCUCUAUUACGACGGCGUGCACGCCAGAGCUGCUUAUUUGAAGAUGCACAGGCACGUCGCCUCGCGGAAUUUCAGGCGGGCCCUUUUUUAGUUGGUGCCACUCGACUCUUGAGAGAUUUUAGUUCCUCGAUUCGACACCGGCCCCACAACCCCAGAUCCCGCGAUCGAACCUUGCAGAUUCUGGCUGCACCAAUAAUGUGCCAAAAGGUCUCAAGGUUUCGGUCUCAUGGCCUGAACUUGGAGAUUUUGAGCCAAAAUAGAAGGCGGGACAACCCGAAGAAGAGACGACGGCCCAUAAAAACAAUCAUAAUUAGAGGCGGAUAUAGCGGUUGGACCAAGGAUCUAGAUUAUCCUCGCCCUUGA